AUGGAUGCUGCGUGCGAUCGGCAUUGGCAGAGUUGCUGUGCCGGUUUCAGCACGGCAAGCGGGGAAAGAGUGAAGCCGGACAAGAAACAACGCAGCAUCGUCCAGAGCCUGCCAGUCGCAGAGGUCUUGGAAUUCGUACUUGAGCAGGUCUUCGAACGGGCAUGUUUGGACAGACUUGUCCUCGAGUCCUUCUACAUUCAGCAACAGAUCCAGCAGGAGAUCUCCAAGAAUGAAACGAAAACUUCAAGCCUCUCACCAUCUACAAAGCGGAACAUUGGAAAGCUCCUGUCUCGAAUGGACUGGUGUCGUUUGAUACAGUUCGUCAAGAGGAACUCAGGAUGUGACCCGGAUUUCCUCAACUUGGUUCAGACACGGAUGGCGUGUCUUCGACCAGGAGAUUUCAGUGACCUGAACAAACUGGCCUAUGCACAGUCCGUGUGGCUCUAG